CAUGGCUCCAGCGGUAUUUUCGUGAAUAGAGGUGAAACGGGAUCGAGCAGCCGUAACCUCUUCCUUGACAACCACUCACAACGCAUGUGGCUGGAAAGGCUCCGAUGUGUCUUUACUGACUGUAGCCACAGCUCCUACUUCUUGUGGGAGGAUUUUGUGCGGUUUGAAGUGCAUCCGUCGUUGGUUGCUGCACAGGUGAUCGGCCCCUUUACAAUACAAUAACCCUUCCCAAGACCAGAAAAGCAUAGUUGUAAUGGCACAAAUAUCAGAAACAGACCAAAUAAAACAGUUUAAAGAAUUUCUGGGCACAUACAACAAACUGACUGAGCACUGCUUUAUGGACUGUGUAAAGGACUUCACAACUAGGGAAGUGAGAACAGAAGAGGUAACCUGUUCAGAACAUUGUCUACAGAAAUAUUUGAAGAUGACCCAAAGAAUAUCAAUGCGUUUUCAGGAAUAUCAUAUUCAACAAAAUGAAGCUUUAGCAGCCAAAGCAGGACUGAUUAGCCAACCUCGGAUAUAAAAAUGGACCAACUGAGAGGGUACAAAUGGAGUAUAAAACAGUGUUGCACUAGUAGAAGAAUGGCCACAAACACUGGUGCCUAUUAAAAUGCAAAUGAAAUGAACAUUCUUAUAAUCAAGAAAAGAUAGAUGGAAACAGGAAUUCAUUAUGUCUGAUGGACCAACGCUUCUGGUUUAUUUGAAAGUGAAUGGUACACAUUUGAAUUGCUUGUAAACUUAAGUCUACAGUAAUCACUGAGGUUAAAGUCCACAAUGAUGAUGGAAUAAACUUUAUUGGAGCUGAAGAUGGUGUAAACCUUUUAUUCAACGUCAUCUUCUACCAAAUUCUGUGCAUUCAUACCUGCAAGAAAACGCUGAUGGUGGGGGGUGGGGAUAGUGUGAGGAAGAGAAAUUCACAUUUAUUGUAACAAACAAGAAAUCAUCAAGACAUCUUUCUGUUCUGUGUUUAAAAAGAAACAGAUGGUACAUGUAUUCAUUUUACUUUAUACUUCUGAUAAAACGUUUAAGAUA